ACCCCAGUGCAGUGUAUAUAUGUGUGAGAGUGAGAGACAGGCAGAGAGCGCAGCAUAGUAGCUACAGCGCUGUCACAAAACAGCACGUUGUGCAUCUUUAACAGGAGGCGUAACUAUCUUGGCGUGCUCAAGAGCAAAUUUCCGCUUCCUGCUGUGAGAAACGUUCAACUUGUCGGGUCGGUGGAAAAUCCCUGCUGUUGUCUGCGGAAUCCAAGUAUCGGAAGAUACGUCUGAGGAGGUGCGCACUGACUAUGAUGUAGUGACGAACAGCGGCUGUUGGCAGUGGUGGGGAAAUGCUGGUGGUUGUCUAUGGAUGAAUCGAUCGGGUAACCUAUGAGACGUGCUCUGUAUUGCCUGCUCUCCUUGGGGGGUGCCUGAAUGGUUAAGGGACCAUCUGAAUAGUCACCUCAUCUCCACGGCAAAAUCCUCGCAAUGUCGGAGAAAGGAGGGCUCCAGCGGAGUGGAGCGGCUCCAGGUCCACACCUGCAACCGUUCAAGCCAGUCACAAUGUCUUCUAGUCGGCCGGUGCAUAUGAACCUUUUUGCUACCUGGGAAGUAGACCGGUCUUCUCCCAACUGUGUACCCAGGCUCUUCAGCCUCACUCUGAAGAAGCUUGUGAUGUUGAAAGAGCUGGACCGAGAUCUCACAUCAGUCGUUAUUGCUGUCAAACUCCAGGGUUCAAAACGAAUUCUGCGCUCCAAUGAAAUCCUGUUGUCUUCAGCCGGUCUGACGGAGACAGAUCUACAGCUGACUUUCUCCUUGCAGUAUCCUCAUUUCCUGAAGAGGGAUGCAAAUCGACUCCAGAUAAUGCUGCAGCGGCGGAAGAGGUACAAGAACCGCACAAUUUUAGGUUAUAAGACACUAGCCCUGGGCCUCAUCAACAUGGCAGAGGUGAUGCAGCACCCCUCUGAAGGGGCUCGUGUUUUGGACAUGCACACCACGGCGAAGGACACCGCUUUGCCCGUGGCUGAGAUCCGGGUGUACUCUCUGUCUAGUCAACCUAUCGACCACGAGGUUCCGAAGGCCAAGCUGUCAGACCGCUCACCAGACAUUGACUACUCGGAGGAGGAGGAGGAGAGCGACUCGUCAGAACAGGAAGGCAGCGAUGACCCUCUCCAGUACCCGUUUGACGAUGACGAUGAGGUGAGAAAGAAGAAGCCACGACGCAAACUGACCACGGCUGCAUCCAUCACCCGGGCAAACCAGCCCAACAUCAAGCAGAAGUUUGUGUCCUUGCUGAAAAGGUUCAGGGUGUUCGAUGAGGUGGGCUUCGGUCUGGAGCACGUGUCCCAGGAGCAGAUCCAGGAUGUGGAGGAGGAUCUGGACGAGCUCUAUGACAGUCUGGAGCUCUACAACCCCAGUGACAGUGGCCCAGAGAUGGAGGAUACAGAUAGCAUCAUCAGCACACCCAAACCCAAACUCAGACCUUUCUUUGAGGGCAUGUCCCAGUCCAGUUCCCAGACGGAGUUUGGCAGCCUGAACAGCAGAUGCUCCCAUGGCAGAGACACCCUGAGCACAAUGGACCAUUCCAGAAUGAAGCGCUCCAGCAGCGGACACCUGGACGACGCUUCAGAGUCCGACACCCAGGAGCUUACAGAGCUGGAGGCUGUGGGGGAUGUCACCCCCUGCAUAACUGUGUCUGUGGCUGAAAGGCCUCGGACUCCUCAGAAGAAUCAGAGCAUGCCUUCUCCCAGGCUGGAUGGGGAGCGCACCCCCAGGCAGAAGCGUGGGACGCCCAUGCGCGAGCGGCAGCUGUCCAAGCCCCUGAGCGAGCGCACCAACAGCUCGGACAGCGAGAGGUCACCGGACCUCAACCUCACGCCACAGGUGCAGCCUGCGACACACGUGAUCUCACGUGAACCUCGGGAGCUCUGCGCAAUGCCGAGGAAGAUUGUUUACGACCAGCUGAACCAGAUCCUGCUAUCAGAUAAUGACCUGCCAGAGAGCUUGAUCCUGGUCAAUGGCACUGACUGGCAAGGACAGUAUGUAGCUGAAGCCCUGCAGGCACAGGAUCAGGCAGUGGUGAGCACCUGCUCCACGUCUGAGAUCCAGGCUGCCCUCUCGGCACUUCUCAGCCGCAUUCAGAAGUUCUGUAACUGUAACGCCACCAUGCCCAAGCCAGUGAAGGUGGUGGCAGUGGGAGGGCAGAGCUACCUGGGGGCCAUCCUGCGGUUCUUUGUCUCUGAGCUGGCCAGUAAAACCUCCCACUGGCUGGGUCACGUCAGGAUCCUGGUGGUUCCUCUGGGCUCCCACCCCGUGGCCAAGCACCUGGCCUCCCUAGAUAACCGCUACAGCUCCGCCUUCCAGGACUCCAUCUGGCGGGAGCUGUUCAGCCGCCCAGAGCCCCCCCUCACAGAUGUGGAGUGUGUGGAUGUGGUGGGCAGGAUUAGUCAGUACAUCAGCGGAGCCUGCGUCACCCACCAGCUCCCCAUUGCAGAGGCCAUGCUCACCUGCAAGCCCAGCACACAUGAAGAGGAUUCCUGCCAGAAGUUUGUGCCUUUUGUUGGUAUAGUGAAGGUUGGGCUUGUUGAGCCUAGUCCAGUGUUUGCAGGUGGAGAUUUGGAGGAAAGCUCAUCUGUUAACUUGGCUGUGCCCUCCACCUCUCCCCCCGCGCAUGGAUCAGUCAGCGGGCCAAUGAAAGAUGCUAUAACCCCGCCCACUUCGCCUUCUCUCAGCGGAUUGGCUGUUACGGGGAGCCCCAUCAUGGCCCAUGGGGUGGACUCCAUCGGCCUGCAGGUGGACUACUGGGCUGCCGCAGGGCCGGAGAAGCGAAAGGAUGGCGAACGGCGUGAGGCCACCUGCAAGAACACCCUGAAGAGAGCCCUCCGCUCGUUGCAGGUCAGCCGACUGCCAGGCUCCUCCUCCUCCUCCUCCUCCUCCUCCUCCUCGGCUGAGCUCCAGCACCUGGCCAACACCAUGGCCAUGACUGUGGUGACCAAGGAGAAGAACAAGAAAGUCCCCACCAUAUUUCUUGGGAAGAAGCCAAAGGAGAGAGACAUUGAGUCCAAGAGCCAAGUUAUCGAAGGCAUCACCAGACUUAUAUGCUCAGCCAAACAACAGCAGACUAGCCUGAGAGUGUCCGUAGAUGGCUUGGAGUGGAACGAUGUGAAGUUCUUCCAGCUGUCGGCUCAGUGGCCCACACACGUCAAGUACCUCCCCGUGGGUCUGUUCGGCUACAACUAACGGUCCUCUCAGCGCCCACACUCAACCUACGGAGUCCAUCACACCAGGAGCUUCCUGAGCAGUGUUUUGGUGUUUCUUGUGACCGUUUGGUUCCAGAUGCGUUGGGUUGACCGAUAGGCACCCGGUUAAGGCUGACUGAAGUAUCAGGGGAGUUCUGUCAGGGCAAAUGAAAUGAUGAGCUGCUGAAACAACCUGUAAUGUGGUGUUAACAGCAACACAAGUAAAAAAUUAAUUAAAAAAUGAUAACUGCUGCACCGACAAAAGCAACACACUUCCAUUUUGACCUGUAUUCCAUAUCUGAGACUGGCUGUUGUGUAUCCACUCUACAAACUAGUUCUUACGGGUGGGUUUUGCUGUUAAUGUUGCAUUUGCGCAAUAACAACUUGAACUUUGUGUCAAUUUUUAUGGUGUUCAGUAAACGAAUAACAGUAAAAUAUGAAAUUACCUUUGACUCGAUCACUUGUAUUGCAAUAAUGUGCUCCAUAGUGUAGUUGUUGAACCAGUAAAAUAUCUCUUAACGAGAUUGUUUUUUUGGCUUUACCUCAAGCUUUUUUUCUAUAACACAGAGGCCUUGACAAAAUAAUAUAGACAGUUUUCAGAGGAGAUGCUUUGAUAAGCGUAAGUUGAAGGGGGGCCUUAAUUUUGAAACGCACUGUACGUUACUAUGGUUUACCUGUUCUAGUCUCUGUGAUUGACAGCUUCUUUGGUGGUUGUUUAUUUUAUUAUUUAGUGUCUAUAACAUUAAACAUUGUAUGAUGUACCAUGCUGCUAAUGUGGACCAAUGUGUCUUUCCAGUGUGAAGUGGUUUGUAUGGAUUGCCUUAUUGUGAAAUUGAUGUGUACAUAUAUUUAAUGAAACUCUUUGAAAAUGUAUCUGCGAACUCUGUGAUUUACCACAGAUUGUGUGUAACCGGUUCUUCUCAUAUGCUGCGUUUUUAAAAGGGUCCGACCAGCAACCACUUUGCUGUUACAUUCCAGUUUAGCAUUGAGAUUUUGCCAACAUUCAUUUCAAGCACAUUGUCAAGACAUAAUUUUUCCAAUAGAUAUUUCUGCAUGUUGAAUGAUUCUGGAACAUGUUGUCAUUUUAAUGUAACUGAAAAGCAUAGGUAAUAAAUAUUUUGUUUUUCA